GUCAUGCUGCGCGGUCCCGCUCUGCUCGUGCUCGUGCUCGGCUCCGCCGCGUGUUUCGAGCUGCUCCCGGAGGAGGCGGCCCCCCGCCGGGCUCGCUUCUCCGCCAACAGCCCCACUGAUGUGGCCAGAUGUUUGACCGGUGCUGUGUCUGUGGGCUGCGGCUUCUUCUCUUGUCUGGAGAAUUCAACCUGCGACACCGAUGGGAUGCAUGAGAUCUGUGAACUCUUCCUCCACACGGCUGCAACCUUCAACACAGAGGGUAAAACCUUUGUGAAGAAGACUCUUCAGUGCAUCUCCCAGGGAAUCUCAUCAAAGGUUUUCCAAACCAUCCGCCGCUGUAACAUCUUCCAGAGGAUGAUCGCUGAGGUGCAAGAAGAGUGUUACACCAGUCUGGACAUCUGCACUGUGGCCCGUAGUAACCCUGACGCCAUCGGAGAGGUGGUGCAGGUACCAGCUCACUUCCCCAACAGAUAUUACAGCACGCUGCUGCAGACGCUGCAGGCGUGCGACGAGGAGACGGUGGCGACCGUGAGGUCCGGCCUCAUCUCCAGGUUGGGCCCCGACAUGGAGACCUUCCUCCAGCUCGUCCAGAACAAGCCCUGCGCUGCCGGCUCCGGCGCCGCCACCUACAACAACCCGUCCAGCUGGAGGAACAUGCCCGUCUUCAACGUCCAGCCCGGCUUCCGGGGCCGGGACCCCACCCACCUGUUCGCCAGGAGGUCUGUGGACGCCGCUGAGGGCGACGUCACAGAGAACUAG